AUGGCAUCCGAUAACGUGGAGUGGCAAUCCAUCCAAUUCAAGGAGGAUGAGCUGAAGGAGAUCAAGGAGACCUUUGCCAACUUUGAUAAAGACGGCAACGGUCAUGUGACCGCCGACGAACUCAAGGAACUCUUCCGCGAGAUCGGUGAAGCCGUACCAGGCUAUCAACUGCGGCAGAUGAUUGAAGAAGUGGACGCGGACAAGUCUGGCACCAUCGAAUUUGAUGAGUUUCUAAACAUGAUUCGCAAGGCCCGGGUGAGCGGUGGCCGUGGCACUGGCAAGGUUCGUGCCAACAUCAAGAAGAUGGGCGGCACCAGUGCUGCUUCAGCAGCUGCCACGACGCACUCAUACAGUGAUGAAGAGACGGUGGCCUUUGCCGAUUGGAUCAACUAUACCUUGGCUGAGGACCCGGAUCUCAGCAGCGUCCUGCCCAUUCCCAAUGACCAUCCGGACAAGCUGUUCAAGGCAGUGCACAACGGUUUGGUCGUGGCCAAGCUCAUCAACUCAGCCGUGAGUGAUACGAUCGAUGAGCGCGCCCUGAACAAGAGCAACCUCAACACCUUCAACAUUGGCGAGAACCAGACCCUCAACGUCAACAGUGCUGCUGCCAUUGGUGUCAAUAUCACCAACAUUGGGGCCCAGGACUUGAUCGAUGGAACCCCACACAUUGUCUUGGGUCUGCUUUGGCAAAUCAUUCGCAUCGGCUUGUUGUCCAAGAUCAACGUGCGCGAUGUGCCCGGCCUGACGGCCCUUCUGCUUGACGGCGAAGAGCUGAGCGACUUCCUCGCGCUCUCUCCAGAGGAGAAGCUUUUGCGCUGGGUCAACUACCACCUUGAACGUGCCGGUACCGCCAAACGCAUUUCUAACUUUGGCGGUGACAUCAAGGACUCGGAGGCAUACACCUUCCUGCUCGCUCAGAUUGCUCCUGCCGAGUAUGGGGUAGACACCUCCGCACUGGACAUUCUUGACGACACACAGCGGGCUGAAGCUGUCCUCAACAACGCCGAUAAGCUUGGCUGCCGCAAGUUUGUGACGGCUCGCGACAUUGUCAAGGGCAAUCCCAAGCUCAAUCUUGCUUUCGUGGCCAACCUCUUCAACAACUUCCCAGCCUUGCACGUCGAGGGCAACGCCGGCGAGUAUGAGCUCAACGAUGUGGAUGGCGAGACGCGUGAGGAGCGCACUUUCCGCAACUGGAUGAACUCGCUUGGCGUGAACCCCUUUGUGUACAGCCUCUACUCAGACCUCAACCACGGUAUCAUUCUGCUGCAACUUAUCGACAAGGUCAAGCCGGGUUCAGUCGACUGGGAGAAGCGCGUCAAUAAGCCCCCCUUUAAAAAGUUUCAGGCUCACAUGAAGAGCAUUGAGAACUGCAAUUAUGCCGUGGAGCUGGGCAAGCAGCUCGGCCUGAGCCUCGUUGGCAUUGGUGGCUCAGACAUUUACGCGGGCAACAAGCUUCUCAUCCUGGGCUUUGUUUGGCAGCUCAUGCGCGGCUACACGAUCAAAAUUUUGCAAACCCUUUCGGGCUCAGACGCUCUUAUUUCAGAUGCGGAGAUUGUUGCGUUCAUCAACGAGCGUCUUACCGGCGCUGGCAAGCCCACCAUCUCCAGCUUCAAGGACGACUACAUCAGCACUAGCCUGCCCAUUUUCCAUAUUCUCGAGACCAUCCGUCCCGGAGUUGUGCGCGCAGACAUGGUUCAUGACCCCCCUUCAUCGGAAGAGGAGAAAAUCGCCAACGCCAAGUUGGCCGUCUCCCUGGCCCGCAAGGUUGGCGCUGGUGUCUACGCGUUGCCCGAAGACAUUGUCGAGGUCAAGCCCAAGAUGAUCUUGACCAUCUUUGCCUGCCUGCAAGCGCGUAUUAUGCGCGGCAAGUAAAGCCCCGUGAGCGCGGCAGAGGCGGGUUGCUCUUGGCUACCGAGUCGGCAUGGUAGAAGCAUCCCUCUACCAUGGCUUGGCGCACGGCCUCAUCCUGGCUCGUGCGUUCUUCCUUUUCAUCAUCCGCUAGCCCAAUGUUUAAUGUCCACAUGCUUGUUCUAUCUUUGUUAUUGUAUCGUGUGCUCUGGUACUGGCAAGUCCCUGGUGUCUUGCUUAACCAUAUCUAUGCGUGAAUUUUCAUGCUCACCCGCGUUUUGUUGAUUUGCAUUCACAUGACAUUGUCGGUCAAUCAAACGCGUUAAAUUA